CCCAGCGUUAGUUUGUAACGGAAUUUAUACGAUAUGAACACUUCUUUGAGAGUUAUUAUACUGUGUCAGUCCAUCUUUUUAUCGUUCCAAGUGCACAGAUCCGAAGGAUCAUCCGCUAACCGUAUUGUGGCCAAUUUGGAUCAAAAAGGCCUCGAAGUGCCGUGUACCAUCCAACCAAAUUUGACUUUCCAACACUUGGGGUGGUUUAGUUGUUCCACCAUAGAAGAAUGCAGGUCCAGCUUGGAUGAACACCGAAUUGCUCACAUCUUCAACAUUAGUACUGUGUUGGUAGAUUUUCCUGAAAGAUUUGCUUUAAACGCCACUGGAGUUUUGACUAUCCUUAAGGUGUUACCUGAAUAUGAUAACAAAACUCUUCUAUGCAGGGUAGUAACUCCUCUAAUUGGAUCGAGAGAAUUCAUCACACUCUUGGAAAUUUCUGAAGAAUCCCCAAGAAUAGUUUGCAGAAGUCCACAAACUUUCUACGUAGUGAAAGGUAUGAAAUUGGUAUUGGAGUGUGAUGCUGUUGGUUAUCCUUUACCCCAAGUGACAUGGACGCGUGAUCAUGAACUCCUGAAGAAUGAAACAGGCACCGACGCAAACUUUGUGAGAGAAAUCGCUAAUAUGGAAGACAGCGGAUCAUAUGUCUGUCGAGCUCAGAAUUCACUAGGAUUUGAUAAUCAUACCAUACAAGUAACUGCUAUUGAUAUCAAAAGUUGCUCAACUUCACCUCCACCAGGAAAGGAAGACCUGGAUUCUGCGACAGCAAUUAGUAAACUUUUUUACCCGUUAUUAUUGUCUUUGUUUUUGUUACUCUUAAUCGCUGUUGCAAUCAUUAUUUAUCUGGUUUGGAGGAUCAAGAAGUCUGGUGUGAUCGGCCAGAAUCAUCCCAAUAAUUGUAGAGUUGAAAGUGGCGAUGACAAUCAAAAUGUCCCAGGACAACAUAUAGCCAACCACGCCUUCAACCUAGAAGAUAUUCCGAAAAAAGAGGACGGAGCAGAGGAACUAUAAUAUACUAAAUAUCUCAACGUUCUAUUUUUCCUCUGUUAUGUCAUUUCACCAUAUUAGGGUGAUGGAACGCGCGAAACAUGCCACAGUAUUACUCUGUAGAACAGGGCAACAAUAUGGACAGAGACGGUCUGCGUGAUUUUUAAUUAGCUCUUGAGUUUUAUAGAAAUUAUUCUUUUAGCAAAAAGCUUCGAUUGGGGAUUUGUUUUUGGUCAUGAAGAACACUUAAAUGUUUUAUUUUCUAAUGUUUUCUUCUUUCUUUUUGUACGAUCGGUACGACGCUUAGGCAAGCUUUGCUAAUUUUUUAAAACUAGAAGCCAAGAGGCUAGUAGAGAAUAAAAUAAUAGUUGAAUGAUAAAUCUCUUAUUUGAUGGUUUGACAUAGAACACGAGCAAAAAGUAAUACGUAACGCGUACAACUCGCAAAAUAUCUGCGCGUAUUAUAUAUAAAACCAGCCAACAAGGUGUAUGUAUCUUUAUUGCGCACGGUAUCACGAAGAUGUUCAUGCCAUGUAUUUGGACGGAAGAGUCCACUUUGCAUUCGAUGCAAACUUUGUAAAAUGUUACGGUUAUACGAAGGUGUGAUUUUCACUGCUCUUCAAUUAAAUUUCGAAGAUUAAAUUAAGCUUUAAAAUAC